AUGUCAAACAACCACCGUACUUCCACCGGUGACCGUCGGAAUCCUAGCCGGUUACAGCUCCGAGCGCCGGCAUCAAUUCAAAUCAACCGCGUGUCCGAUUGGAACGUCGCGAUACCGCUUUUAUCGCCGUUGAUUACUUCUCCGACUUCUCCUGAUAACCUGAAAUCAGCGAUUAAUCGUUUCUCUAAUUCGAGUAAUAAUAAUAAAGAGGGGGUGAAGAAAGAGUUACCGGAGAAGCCGGUAAAAACGGUGUUUAAGAAAUGGCAACAUCCUGCGGCGCCGUUUUGUCAUGAACCGGCGGCUCCGUUGUUUCAGUUUGUGUGUACAGGAACCAGUAAUAGACGGUGA